AUGGAGAGGUUAAAAGAGAAAGAAAAAGGUCAUGUUAAUGUUGAGGAAAAUGAAGAUGGUGAGGACAGUGAAUCAUCUAAAGAUUCUUUGGAUGGUAUACACUUUGAAGAUAGUGAAGAGGAGAGGAUUCACGAUUUUGAUGAAGACAUAGGUGAAGGGUUAAACAAUGGAGUGGAUAACGGUGCCGGUACAUGUGGAGUGGAUAAUGGUGAUGGUACAUGUCAAAUGGAUAAUGGUCAAGGGAUACACAAAGGGAUGACUACAGUUGAGAUGGAUAAGGAACAUGUAAUUAAUGAUUAUUACAUCACAUAUGAGCUUGAUAGUGGGACAAAUGAUGAUAGUGAUGAUGGUAGGCCUUAA